AUGGCGGAGCCUCCCGAGAAGAAGCAGAAGACCGAGGAGGAGCAGGCGAAGGACGCCGCAGCGACUGAGGUGCCCAAAGCGCCGGAGCCGCCCAAGGAGCUCGAGGAGGACGCGAAGGCGCUCAAGGGGGCAAAGGCUGCGGACGCAGUCGAGUUCCUGCAGCCAGACACCACAGUGAACGUCAUGCCCGCGCUCAACGGCAGCAUCUUGACUUCUCUCACGGACAACGGUUUCAGCCACCUCCUGGCGGGCGCGCGGGCCAGCGUCGGCGUGAAGUCGGGCAGGUACAUGUUCGAGGUCAAAAUCGUGGAGUCCCCGAGUUCCUCUCACAAGAGCGGGCCGCACCCCCAGAACUUGCUAAAGAUUGGCUUCUCCGUCGCCAAUUCGUCGCUGCUCAUGGACUCCACUGAAGCCAGCGUCAGUUUUGAUUCCGAGGGCCACUUCAGCGGCAUCAAGUCGGGCAAGAAGGUCAGCCAGAAGCUCUCCGGGGGCAACGUUGUGGCGUGCUUGCUGAACCUUGACAAAGGCAGCCCGAACUGCAACACCAUCAGCCUCUUCAGCGGUGGCAAGCGUAUCUCGCAGCCCCAGGCUGUCCCAGAAAGCUUGCUGGGCAAGGCCCUCUUUCCCACCGUGGCGUUCAAGUGCAUGACUUUGCACGCGAACUUCGGACCCGAGCCGCUGUGCCCGCUCCCUUUUACAUGCCACAUGGUUGCUUCGGCACCCAAGUCCCAAGCCGAAGUCAAGACCUCCACCGCUACUGAGGCGGCCGAGGUGCUCUUCCCCGUCAGCCUGCCAGACGAAGGCAGCUUCGACUGGCUAGACAUGUUCCUUGAGAAGAGUCCAGGGUACGUAGAGAUCAGCGACCGCGCCGUCCGAGAAUGGGUAGAGAAAAGCGGCAACUGGCAGAAGAGGGGGGCCGUGCCAAAGAGUUCCAACGACAAGCCCGAGAUGGGCUUCGGGGUGCCCAAGCUCGAUGAUGGCUCGAGCGUCAAGAAGAUGCUGACGACCCUCUGCGCGCUCCAGAAGCGGAGCGCCGUGGUGAUGGAGGUGAAGGGCAACUUGAUCAAAGAGGAGAUCGGGCAGCAUCUCUCGAGCCCUUUAAGUCGGCAGGCAUCCGACUUCUGCGAUGGUCUUGGUAGGGGAUCCGCCAGCCGAGUUCAAGAAGGUGUCACAAGAACUGCUCCUCAAGCAGAAGCAGGCUGCCUCCAACAAGGAGCACCACGACAAGUUCAUGGCCGAGAAGAAGAAAUGGCAGUUUACCAAAAAACAGAAGGAGCUGGAGAAAGCCCGCAAGAAGGCGGCGAAGGAGAAGGAGAAGGCCGCCAAGGCCAAGGCGAAGGCUCAGGCCAAGGCCCUCGAGGAGGCCAAGAAGAAGGCCCUGGCAGCCAAAGAAGGUGA